ACUUCUUUUUUAUUGACUUAAUUGUGCUGAAACGUUUUCUAAGUAAACAAACUUACAUAUAUAAGUUCUUGAAGAUGAGCAGCAGUUAGUGCUGCGCUGAUUUGUGCGUGUUUCAGUCACUCAGCGGUUGAAAGUUGAUUUAAAGCGCCGUGAGGACUGUUCCACUGUUAAAAUGUUAUUCCUUUACCUGAAGGAAAAUUCGUCUUUCAUUUUUUUGCGUUAAGUUUAGCCAGUACAAAUCAUUUGAUUUAUAGAAAAAGCGUUUAAAAGGCGAUUCCGUGCUCUAGAAAGUUGUAAACAUCCGUAAAAUGCUGAAAGAAUUGGCGGUAUGUAUGCGAAUUUCUAAUUCGAGAAAAAAAGGCAACAGAAAAAAAACUUGUUGCAUUUCAGAGCGCACAGUGUUCUCCCAUUAAAAGCUCCCUGUUUUACUCUCGGCACGGUUAAAACUAGCACCGCUCGGUAAUCAUUAAUACACGAUAGAGAUUACAGACUGUAAAGCAAUUAAACGCUGCCAUGUACGCAACGAACGAAUUUAGUUUUAUUUCUUAUGUGUUUCUUUUCUGAAGGCUCAUGUCUUGGCCUCGCAACGGUUUAAAUUAGCGAGAUAGCAGCGCAAUUCCACCCACUCUGUUUUAUGGAUAAAAAAAAAUACAUUUUUUCACAACGUGAAUAUUAAUGUGUUGCAAAAAGCUUUGAGUGCAUUUCUACAGUUCACGCUUUCUAAGUGAACACGGCGUCGACACAUGAGCCCAUCAGCAUCACAUACAGUAAAGAUGAAAUAAGAGAAACAGCAGAUACGGGAACAUGCAGAGGCUUCGACCUAAAGUGUGGAGGGAGAAGCGUUGGAGUAGAUUUGUUAAUUUGCUUGCACACAUGAGCCCGUGGUUAAAAGUGCUGCUGUGCUUUCCUUUGCCUUGUGGCUAAAAGCUCCUCCACUCCAACUCCAGAGCUUCUGCCUCCAAUUUAUCAGCCAUCAUGAAUAUUAACGAGAUUGAAAGGGAUGUUUGCCCUGGCUGCGACCAUCCUCCACACUAGACCAGACUUUCGCUGCUAUUUCCCUCAGACAAACUUUUUUUUUUCCCCUUGUAUUUUCAUACAACUGUAGGCUACUGUAGGAUGUGUGGAAGCUUAACCCAUGUCUAAAUGCCCCCCAGUUUAAAAUGAUGGACUACUCCUACGACGAAGACUUGGACGAGAUGUGUCCCGUGUGCGGAGACAAGGUUUCCGGAUAUCACUACGGUUUGCUCACCUGUGAGAGCUGCAAGGGCUUCUUCAAGCGCACGGUGCAGAACAACAAACGCUACACAUGCAUCGAGAACCAGAGCUGUCAGAUAGACAAAACCCAGCGUAAGCGCUGCCCCUACUGCCGCUUCCAGAAGUGCCUGAACGUCGGCAUGAAGCUGGAAGCCGUGAGGGCCGACCGUAUGCGCGGUGGCCGCAACAAGUUCGGCCCCAUGUACAAGCGGGACCGGGCGUUGAAGCAGCAGAAGAAGGCCCUGAUCCGAGCUAAUGGUCUGAAGCUGGAGGCCAUGACGCAAGCCAUGCAGACUGUGCCGGCCGACCUCACCAUCUCCUCAGCCAUCCAGAACAUUCACUCAGCCUCUAAGGGGCUCCCGCUUAGCCACCAUCACCACCACCACCACCACCACCAUCACCACAGCUCAUCCAGUGCUGGCCUGCCACCUGCAGACUAUGACCGUAGCCCCUUUGUUACCUCCCCGGUCAGCAUGGCCAUGCCCCCCCAUGCAGGAGGCCUGCAGGGCUACCAGGCUUAUGGCCACUUCCAGAGCCGCACCAUCAAGUCCGAAUACCCCGACCCUUACACAAGCUCGCCUGAGUCCCUCAUGGGCUACCCCUAUGUGGAGGCGUACCCUGGGGGCUCACCGCCCAGCUUUCCCCACCUUGUGGUGGAGCUCCUGAAGUGCGAACCCGAUGAGCCCCAGGUUCAAGCCAAGAUCCUGGCCUAUCUUCAGCAGGAGCAGGCCAGCCGAGGCAAGCACGAGAAACUGAACACUUUCGGCCUCAUGUGCAAAAUGGCUGACCAGACGCUCUUCUCUAUCGUGGAGUGGGCCAGAAGCAGCAUCUUCUUCCGUGAACUGAAGGUUGACGACCAAAUGAAGCUGCUCCAGAACUGCUGGAGCGAGCUGCUCAUCCUUGACCACAUUUUCCGGCAGGUGAUGCAUGCCAAAGAGGGCUCCAUCCUGCUGGUUACGGGGCAACAGGUGGAUUAUGCCCUAAUUGCCUCCCAAGCUGGGGCUACACUCAACAAUCUCCUGAGUCAUGCACAGGAGCUGGUGAGCAAACUGCGUUCCCUCCAGCUGGACCAGAGGGAGUUUGUCUGCCUCAAGUUCCUGGUGCUGUUCAGCUUGGACGUCAAGAACCUGGAGAACUUCCACUUGGUGGAGAGCGUCCAGGAGCAGGUCAACGCUGCACUGCUAGACUACGUGAUGUGCAACUAUCCUCAGCAGACAGACAAGUUUGGUCAGCUGCUGCUGCGGCUGCCAGAAAUCCGGGCUAUCAGUCUGCAGGCCGAGGAGUACCUCUACUACAAGCACCUGAACGGGGACGUGCCCUGUAACAACCUGCUUAUUGAAAUGCUGCAUGCCAAACGCGCCUGAACACUGCAAACGAAGCGUUUUUUCAACCCUUCUGGCUCGAUAUGCCGCACACAUUUGCUCCCAGCAACCCUUCCAGCCCAGCAUCAUCACCAACUAUAGCUUUCAAACACAGACAGAUGCCUGCACACAGUGACAUGACUUUGUGGUAUCUUAAUGGUGCGCUGAAUGGUUCAUGUUGAUUCCAUUGCUUUGUUUGGGCCAAACAGAAGGGGAGAGGAUGUAAAUUAACACUUGAAAGUUUGACAGUUUGGCUCACAUUUUUUCUCCCCGAUCAAACAGAAAACACAAAACAGUGAUGUAAUGACUUCUCAUCUCUUGGUACACUUCUGAUGAACUGCAAACAUCAUCACUUGUUUCGUGAGCAGACUAACUUACAGUAAAUACAUCUCCCUUUCAUUAAGACUGAAACCGGAUGGGUUAAGAUGACCCUGAUUAUCCUCUCCUCCAAGAAUUAAACUGCUUUGUCAGCUUCAGACCUGUAUUUUGAUCAACACUCAGCCAAACGGCUCCCUCAUGUCUGUUUUAAGGCACGCAAGUCACGAUAGAGCUCCAGUUGUGGAAUGAGGUGAACUGGAUCAGCUGGCAUUUUGGCAUGCCUGCAACUGUGCCACCCACAGAGACUAGUUUGCAGCCCCUCACCAAAAAAAGGAUAAUGCUGACAAAACACUGAUAAACAGCAUUUAUCUUAAAAUGGCAGGCAAUUCUUCCUCUAAUGCAAGAGGCUAAUACAUACCAUUUUUUUCCCCUCACAAAAAAUCAGUUUAUUACCUUUUACCUCAAAACAAAUUACCUUGUUUUCAUUUAUAAGUUAUUACAUAGAUCUGUUUGCCAGUAUGAUUUCACCAAUGCAGUUGUGGAGAGAAAACACAACAAGACAACUAUUGUUUUUUCCCCUCAAACCCAACCUCUCAUUACAAGAUGGAAGACACAGUUCCAGAGCCAAGAUGAAGAAAUACUGCCUCAGUCAAAACAAGACCAAAGCCUGCUGCAGAACAAGAACAAAAAAAGAAACAACCUUAACUAUCAGUAUUAUGAAUUUGUGAUGUCACAGUCAUGUGAGUCUUGCCUUAUUUCAUUAUCAUGCUAGCUAACCGUGCUGAUGUGAACUAUAACAUGUAAAAUAAAAAAAGUAUAUAUAUAUAUAAAGUAUUAAUGUAAUACAAUUAAGAAGAGACAAGAGGUGUUUACAUUCAUGUGGUCAUGUGGGAGAGAACUGUGAUGUAAAUUGGAGGUGAGGUAAAUUGCAAAGCAAUGAUUUCUUAUAAAAAAAAAAGAAAAAGAAAGAUAGAAAAAAAUAUGUUCCUCUGGUUUGCUUUCUUUGGUGUGUACAGUUUUCAUCUUGACCAGUACUUAAUUAUGUCGUGAGACACUAAAAUCAGAGAGCAAUCUCACUUAAUAUUUGUGUUUCGAGCUGUUUGGUCAUUUGAUCACUUUUUCGCUGAUUGUGCUUUUUUUUUUUCUGUCGACUUUAUUUUGUUCUAACUUUCUAAAUGUGUCACUGGUUAAGCUUAAAGAUAAACAUAAUUUAUUGUGUCCUGGUUUCACCCAUGUGUUGGAGGUGGGGGGUCAUAAACAAUGUAUUUGUUUACUAAAGCAUGUUUUUAAAAAUGUAUAUAUACGAGAUGCAGUUCAGGAGCCAAAACGUGAUCCCAUUUAUUUACAUUAAAUGUCUGUCCAUCUCGCCACUGUAAAACAAUGAGAGCCAGUGUAUUCCAGUGAAGUGGUGUGACUGACUGUUGCGUCCUUUUCUAUAAUAGGGUUUAAAACGGAACAUCUUCAUUGCAGUCUUGUGUGUUCUAUACCAAAGACAGCAUCUGUCCUCUGACUUGUAAUUAUCUGUUCUGCAUCACAAUGAAUGGACGACAGCUCUGAGCUUUUAUCUUCAUCUAUUGAUCAGACUGGCAUUCCAUAUGGUCAGUUGGAAGGCUCUGGAUGUCUUACACGAGUGUUGGGUCGUGAUUAGUGUUGGGACAACAAUCAGUUUCAACACUUAAUGUUUGUUUCAGUCAUUAAUUAAAAUAAGUACCAUGGUUUUAGCAUAUUUAUUGAAUUUUGACAUGCACACAAAAUAAACCCUCUUUACCUGCUUUAACUUUAUAAUUCCUUCAAGUUUAGUCACUUUGGUAUAAAAAAAAAACAAAAAAACAAGCAUUUUACACAUGCAAAACUUGUCCCAAAUCUACUCAUGACAUUUAAGGAAUUGGGUUUUUUAAAAAAAAAAUAGUCUGAAAUACACUUAACUUGGAACAAUCUUCAGAUUUCUGUAGUGUCUGCUCAAGAGAUACUCAUAUGCCCCACUGUUUGUAAAGUUAAAUCCAAAACUGUUACAGUUUUAGGUCUUUUUAAAUGAUCUUGCUAGAAUAGAGAUGAUCAGUUUAUGAAUUUUACAUCAUCCACUGGAUUAUCAUAAUGGACUUGUCCAGAACAUCAUUCUCCAUUUGUUGUCACUACCUUGACAAUCUCAAACCAACCGCUCUCAUUUUCUCCUCAUCUCUGUACAAUUAACUUUUCCCUCGAAGUUCUGCAGCUGCCUUGUAUGUCCACGAACCUGAGUGUUGAGAUUGUGAGCUACUUUACAAACCCUGGAUGCCACAGCCUGAGCCACUUCCUGCCAUGAAGAGUUUCCUUACAAGCUGGUGGAAUCUAUCCCUCAUAUUUCAAUAAAUUACUAUUAUGCAAAUA